UGCGCAGGCGGGGGCGAGGUGUGUGUUUACUAGCUGGGGGAGAGUGACGAGUCCGGGCGUAGGUGUGGCGGCCAGACCUGCCACCAGAUGGUGAGUCUUCCCUCUAUUUCUCGCUCUUCACGCUACUGACUGAGCUGUGAACAUGGAUGACAUCUUCCAUUGGUGCCGUGAAGGCAACACUGUACAGGUUCGACUAUGGCUUGACGACACCGAACAUGACAUGAACCAAGGAGAUGACCAUGGCUUCUCCUUGUUACACUGGGCUUGCAAAGAGGGACACUUUGGAAUUGUGGAGAUGCUGGUUACCAGGGGCGCUCGCAUCAAUGCCACGAACUUAGGCGACGACAUUCCCCUCCACUUGGCAGCAGCCCAUGGUCACCGGGAUAUUGUUAGCUAUCUCCUUCGGCACAAAGCUGAUGUCAACUUCAUCAAUGAACAUGGAAACACCCCUCUCCACUAUGCAUGUUUCUGGGGCUACGAACUGAUUGCAGAGGACCUAGUGCAGGCUGGAGCAUCUGUUUCCAUUGCUAACAAAUAUGGGGAAGUGCCCCUUGAUAAGUGCCGUGGACUAUUGGCCAAGCAGCUCCACACCAUGGCUGUUGACAGUGGUCAGAAUCUCGAAAAAGUGGCUUUCAAAGAUCAGAGCUGGCUGGGCCUUAAGACGCGUAGUCGCGAUGCAACACUCUCCAGGCAUAAGGGCAUUAACAUCAACGAGCUAGCUCUUCACACAAAAAUAGCUACGAGUCCUUCAGGGGAACUUUGGCGAGGCAAGUGGCAAGGCAAUGAAAUUGUCGCCAAGAUUCUGGCUCUUCGAGAAUGCUCUCCUCGUGUUUGCAGAGAUUUUAAUGAGGAAUUCCCACGACUGAGAAUUUUCUCUCAUCCUAAUGUUCUUCCUGUUGUUGGAUGCUGUAACCAUCCCCCAAACCUUGUGGUCAUUACGCAGUACCUGCCAUACGGAUCCCUCUACACACUCCUACACCAGGAUAGCGGUAUAGUGGUUGACACGGCACAGGCUCUCAAGUUUGCCUUGGACAUUGCUCGUGGCAUGUCCUUCAUCCACUCUCUGGAGAAGCUGGUCCCCAACUUGUACUUGUCGUCCAAGCAUAUUAUGAUUGAUGAUGAUCUCACAGCUCGUAUCAGCAUGGCAGAUGCAAAGUUUUCAUUCCAGGAACGAGGCAAGCUCUAUUCUCCACAGUGGUUCUCCCCAGAAGCCCUUCAGAAGAAACCUAAAGAGCUCAAUGUAAAGGCAGCAGACAUGUGGAGCUUUGCUGUCACGUUAUGGGAGAUGGCCACACGUGAAGUACCCUUUGCUGAUCUCACUCCAAUGGAGGCUGGCAUGAAGAUCGCAUUGGAGGGUCUUCGCGUAAGUGUUCCACCUGGAAUAUCUCCCCACAUCUCCAAGCUGGUUCGUAUCUGCAUGAAUGAGGACCCGGGCAAACGUCCUUCCUUCGACAUGAUUCUGCCAAUAUUGGAAAAGAUGUGCACCCAGUAAAUUAUUCUGAUGGAGGACUACUUGAAGAAUGGAUAUAUUUUUAAUUUUGCGUUGAAGAAACGUGCGACAUAUUUCAAGGAAGACCCAUAAGUCUGAUUUUUUUUAGGAGGGGGGGUAUUUGUGUUGAGUCCACUAAUUGUACUAGUAUAUGCAUAUUCAAAUGAAUUAAUAAUAAUAAUAAUUUGGUGCAUUUUGUAUUUCUUUGAGUUCAAAAUGUUAUAUAUUGGUCAUAAAAAUAUUUUUUUUUACCAUCAAUAACUGUGGAACCAUAUCAGUAUACUGUAUAUCUUCAUUUUAAAGUGCAAUAUAAGUCAGUGGAGUAUACUGUUUCAGCAUAUUGAUGUUUUAAUAAUCUGAUUUUUGCCUUAAAAGGGUUAGUGUGUGAGCGAGGAACAUAUGCAAAUGUCAAAUUAAGUACUGUAAUGUGCUGUUUGUCCUCAUUUAUUUCUGU